AUGGGUGGCGAUCUCAACUUAAAGAAAUCAUGGCAUCCCCAUUUGAUGAAGAAUCAGACACGGGUGUGGGAGGAAGAAAAGAAAGCACUCGAGGAGAGACGUCGUACAGAACAGAGGAUCAAGGAACUUAAAGAAGAACGAGCGAAGGAAGAGAUCCAAAACAAACUCGAAGCUGCCGGAUCGAGGAAACGGGUUGAUCGUGUUGACUGGAUGUAUCAAGGCCCAUCGAGUGGUCAAGCCGGAACCACCGAGGAGAUGGAAGGUUAUCUUCUUGGAAAGAGACGCAUCGAUGGGUUAAUCAAAGGUACAGAGCACAAAAAUCUCGAGAAGCAAGCAUCUGAAGCUAGUUUCAUGGCUUUACAAAACGCAAAUACCCUGCGAGAUACGGCAGCCAAGGUCCGUGAAGAUCCUAUGCUUGCUAUCAAAAGACAAGAGCAAGCCGCAUACGAGGCUAUGAUGAAUGAUCCAAUAAAACGACGGAAGUUACUUGAACUGGCUGGGCAAGACACCAAGGAGAUCAAACCAAAAAAGGAAAGAAAGCAUCGACAUCACCACAGGCAUCGCGACGAUGACGAUGAAGAACGAAGACGAAAGCGCAGGAGGGAUGAAGAUGCGGAUGGCCGAGAGGGGGAUCGAAGUCACAAGCGUCGCAGAAGUGGUGACGAUUACGAUGACGAUAGGAAUCGCAGAAGUCGCAAAUCUGAAUACCGUCGACGCUCGGAUUCGUACUCAAGAUCUCGUUCUCCAAUAGAUAGAAGAGAUAGUUUUGGGAGAUCACGAAAACCAAGAUCACUAUCACCAGAUAAUAGAGAAAGAGGACGACCAGGAAGAGAAAGGGACUACGACCGACCUACGCCAGUAUCACCAGAUGGGCAACAAAAUGGUAGAUCGGAUAGUGAUCAUGGUAGGAGGCAGAGAAGGAGGAAUAGUUCAUCUUCGGAAUCCCGAUCCCCUACUCCAGAACGACGAAGAUCCCCGGAUAGGAGGAAAUCUUAUCCAGCAGGCAGGGAGGACAGAAGAGACAAUUACAACAGAAGGGAUACUAGGAACAGAUACGAUCAUCAGCACAACGGGAACGGCUAUAGCAGACGAGAUGAUAGGAGGUCGCAGGGUGGAUAUCAACAGCAAAACGGUCCUUCCGAAGAAGAGAAGGAGGCAGAGCGACAAAAGAAAUUGGCUGCUAUGCAACAGGAUGCAUCUAGUCUGGACAUUGAUCGUGAAAAACGACUCAAGGCAUUAGAGGAACAGGAGAAGGCAGCUCGUGAAGCUGAGGACAAAGCACGAACAAAGUCAUCCAAGUACUCGGAUAAGGGCGACUUUAUCAACGGCCUCAAUCGCACGGCAGGAAAUAUGAACCUUGCUGACCGGAUUGGGCGUCGUGCAGGACAAGGCUUCAUCAAGGAGGAAGAGUGA